CCCAUGGUGGAGCUAACUGUGUUUAAACUUGUUUUCUUAGCGUCUCUUCGCUGGAUAUCAUCUAACAAAUUCCCUGGAUCAUCUGGAUCAAAUAUGAUCUAUUAUCUGGUUGUAGGUGUCACAGUCAGUGCUGGUGGAUAUUAUACUUACAAGAAAGUCACAUCAGGGAAGACCAAACGCAGCGAUCAUGUAACAGAUUUGAAAGAAAAAACCAAAGCGGAGUUACAUCCACCUCAAGGUGAGAAAGAGAACCUUGUGGCUGCCGAGGAAGCCAGUUUAGAAGCCCCUGAAGUAUCUUCAGCGGAAGCUUCUCCGGUGGUUACUGAAGAUAUUCCCGAUGCUCCAGCUGUGGUCGUAGAAGAGGCUCCCCCCUGUCCAGAUGACGCCGAGGCUGCUCCUGCGGAGGCCGAGGUGGUCGGUGCUGAGUCUCGGCCAGAGGCGACAGGGGAGACCGCCGAGGAAACGACCUCAGGGGUCCCGAGCGCAGCUCCGGAGGAAGCUGCUGCCCUGGAUCGUGAUGAAGGUACAACAGAGAACGAAAGCUCUGGUGAACGUGCUGAACUGGAAGAAAAUUCUCCAGUUGAGUCAGAAUCCUCUGCCGGGGAGGAUUUACAGGAAGAAGCCUGUGCUAGUUCUGAGGCCGCCUCAGCCCGAGGCUGAUCCCAGGCUGAUUGGCACCUCAGCAAAAAAAUGCCGUAGAGUGGCUGAUAGGUGUCUUUGUAGUUUUAGUAACCUUAGAUUUAAAAAAAAAACAACAAAGGCUUCUUUUCUGGAAGAUGGUAUUGUGCCUUGAGGAUUUUUGUUUUUGUUAUCUACUGAUCGAUUUCAGAAUGGAGAGAUUUGAGAUUUUACAUGUCUGAAUAGUUUUCUGCUCUCUGGGAUCAGAGUAUGACAUAGCAGUAAAGAGCUUAAAGAGUUUCAUCUGUGAAUUUAAAUUUUAUGUGACAGAGAUUGAGCUGUCUUUACAACCUUCAUUCACAUUAGUUUUGCUAUAACUCUGCCUUUCUUUAAUGUAUGUAAAUCUAGGUUCUUGAGUUUUAAUUUGAACUCUUAAAUAAAUUUGGAAAAUCUUUA